GAAAAUUAUUUCAAUAAUCAUAAACAAAAUUCAUUUGUUGUUUGUUUGUUCUCUAGGCAGUUCAGUUCAGAGUCAGACCUCGUACACAAAUGGCGAUGAUCAUGCAAGUCACACCCUUUAUCCCAAAUCUCCAAAAGGGACAUCCUCAAAACCUUAAUUUUCCCAACAAACAUUCAUCAAAACUCAUUUGUUGUUCCCUUAACAAUUCAGACCAUGUUGUGUCUCAGAGACUUGCACAACACUUCAAUCCAAAUAUUCCCAUAGAGAAAGCUGUCACACCUCCAUCAUCAUGGUAUACUCAUCGCUCUUUCUUCCAUCUUGAGCUCGAUCGCGUCUUCUACAGAGGCUGGCAAGCUGUGGGAUCGACGGAGCAGAUAAAGGAUCCCGGCGAUUUUUUCACUGGAAGACUGGGAGAUGUGGAAUUUGUGGUAUGUCGUGAUGACAGCGGGAAUGUUCGAGCCUUCUACAACGUCUGUCGUCAUCAUGCCUCUAUUCUUGCUUCUGGAAGUGGAAAAAAGUCCUGCUUUGUCUGCCCUUACCACGGUUGGACAUAUGGAUUAAAUGGAAAUCUUGUUAAGGCAACUAGGAUAUCAGGAAUGCGAGAUUUCAACGGAAAUGAUUUUGGUCUUAUACCAAUCAAAGUAGCUACCUGGGGGCCUUUUGUCCUUCUCAAUUUGGAAAAGGAGAAUCUUUCUCAGAAGGAAGUUGAUAGUCAUAAUGUAGCAAAGGAAUGGCUUGGUAGCUGUUCAGAAAUACUGAGUACCAAUGGCGUUGAUUCUUCGUUAAGUUAUGUAUGUAGACGUGAAUACACCCUUGAAUGCAAUUGGAAGGUAUUCUGCGAUAACUACUUAGAUGGUGGCUAUCAUGUUCCAUAUGCGCAUAAAGGCCUAGCAUCUGGUCUUAAUCUUGAUUCCUAUUCUACCACAUUGUUUGAAAGAGUUAGCAUCCAAAGUUGUGAAGGUAGCUCAGGGAAAAGCACAGAGAAUAACGAUCGACUUGGAAGAAAAGCCAUAUAUGCUUUCAUUUACCCUAACUUCAUGAUUAAUAGGUAUGGACCUUGGAUGGACACCAAUCUUGUACUCCCAUUAGGACCCAACAAAUGUCAAGUAAUUUUUGACUACUAUCUCGAACCCUCGCUACAGGUUGACAAAGAUUUCAUAGAGAAAAGUUUACAAGAUAGUGAGAAAGUGCAGAUAGAAGAUAUUGUAUUGUGUGAAGGUGUCCAAAAGGGACUCCAAUCCCCGGCGUAUUCUGUUGGAAGAUAUGCUCCUAAAGUUGAGCAGGCCAUGCACCAUUUUCAUUGUCUGCUGUAUGAAAACCUGACAACAUGAAUCCCGUUGUUCAUUAUGGAUGAUAAAUUGCCGCAGCAACCAACAAAAUUUGCGAGCCAUACUGGCAAAUAAGGAUCUGUCUGAAUUUGAAAUUGAUGCAUGGUAUGCCACUACUCUACCAGAGGCUUCUAUUUUAAUUAAACAUAAUAAGUUGAUGUGUAUAUAUCUAUAGUAGCGUUGGGUAUCUCCUGCUGAACAUGAUAGUUAUUUGGAAAUAUGCUUUUGUUAAUUUUACUGCUCCAGUUUCAAUUCUGAUCAUAUGAACUGGGGGUUUGUCA